GAGAAUACAUCUACGAGACGAAACAGUCAUUUUGGCUGGCCUAUGACCCAGAAAACGAAGGAGAAUAUUACAUCCGUCUCAAGCUCCUCAUGACUUCUCGCUCCGUGGACGUCAUGCACAUCAUCCCCCUCAUCAAGGGCACUCAGAUACUGGGCAUAAUCGGCGGCUACCUCGGCUUGUGGCUGGGCCUGUCGCUGUACCUGAUCGUGUACCUUGGCGCCAAGUGGAUGCUGCUCACGCUGCGGCGCCGACUGAGUUCAGCGUUAAACAGGGCCAGCCUCUUGUGCGUGCUGGAGGCUGUGCGCGCUGUGGCGUACAGCACCAGCCUUGCCGCUUGUGCGUACAUGAUACACCUGGACUACAGUAACUACCAACGCUUCGAGACGACCGUGGCACUCCUGCAGAACUCAAUGGAGGGGACGCACUUUCCAGCCGUCACCGUUUGCAACAAGGAAGCGGUUAAUCUGUCACGGAUCUGCUGGGAACACACCGGAAAAGGAUGUGCCACCUUGGACACGUCCUACUUCCAAGAAGCGAUCUUAAACAACCGGCUACACAUCAUGAAGGACAUGAUAAAGUAUUCCUACCCCAUCGAGAGCCUCGUUCUGCACUGCUACAUGAAGACAACCGCUGACACCUGUCAGUCGUUUGAUUGCACCAACAUGUAA